UCCUGCCCUCCCACUUGCCGGGUCAGCCCUUGCUCCCUGUGCUGAGCUCUCUGCUCAGCCCACGGUCCCAGCUCCUGCUCCCAGCCCACGGCCUCCAGGCCUUGUGUCCCUCCUUGCGGCUGGGAAGCCAGAGCUGACACCCGCAGCCAAGGAAAUCGUUCUUUUCCCGUCCUUGCCAAGAGGGGAUCUGCGCAGCGCCAGGGAUGCUGAGCGAGAGGGACGCUCCGCAGGUUGACUCCAGGCUGGUGCUUUAAGGACAAACUGUUGCCGGGAGGAGAAGCCGUCCGGCGAGGAUUGUUGUGCGCAGGAAUGCAGAAAGUAAGCAGAUUUCUCUAAUUGCCAAGCCUAAUUCUUAACUCUCCCGUGAGCACGGCACACACCGAGCCCUGCUGCUGUGCCGGGGCUGGAUGUAACGCGCACCUCCGCCGCACCCACGUGGCUGCCUUCCGGGACGGCCCCGGGCCGAGCGGCGGGUCCCGGCACCGGGGCGAGCGGCGGGUCCCGGCACCGGAGGGAGCGGCGGGUCCCGGCACCGGGGCGAGCGGCGGGUCCCGGCACCGGGGCGAGCGGCGGGUCCCGGCACCGGAGGGAGCGGCGGGUCCCCGCACCAUGGCUCUGCGGCGGCUGCUGGAGCAGGACCACGGCGGGGCCGGGGAGCAGCCGGGGGUCCCGAUGGACGGCGCCGGGAUCCAGCCCGUGGCAGGGAUGCUGUCUCGUGGGCACAGGCAGCUUGCCUUCUCCAGCUCCAGCUCCGGCUCCUUUGGCAGCUCUUCCAGACCUCACAGACGUUUGGUGGCUAUUUUGAAAGAAGAUAAAGAGACCUUUGGGUUUGAAAUCCAGACUAUUAGAUUUCCACACGAAAAUGACUGCUCCCUGGAGGUAUGCACUUGUGUCUGCAAAGUUCAGGAAGAAAGCCCUGCCCACCUUUCUGGCCUUCAAAUGGGCGAUAUCCUCGCCAGCAUCAAUGGCGUGAACACCGAUGGCUUCAGUCACAAGCAAAUUGUGGACUUGAUAAAGUCUUCAGGGAACUAUUUAAGGUUAGAGACCAUCAACGGGGCCACGUUUCUGAGGAAAAUGGAGCUGGAAACCAAGCUGCAGCUACUGAAGCACAGGCUGCAGCUGCGGCGGGGGGAGCUGCGCUCGCUGCUGCUGCGGGAGCAGCGCCUGCUGCACGGGGAGGUUGAGGACGCGGCUGUGCUGGGCGCUCUGGAGCUGGAGGAGCCCGGCUUGCCGGGGGGCUGCAGCCCGCCGGGACCCCUCCGGGUGCAGCCCCGCAUCUCCAGCGGGAGCAGCUCCCGCAGCCGGUUCAGCUCCAUGACGCUGGGCAGCGAGGACAGCUUCUACCAGAGCGGAGCCUUCGAGGACUGGUCUGCGGAGAGCCUGAGCCGCCAGUCCAGCCUGGGGGACGACUGCGUGUUCCCCGGGGAGGGGGACGGCGCUGCCGGACGCUCCUCCCUGCGCAGGAACCGCAGCUUCAGCAGCGGGUCCGCGUCCCCGCUCUGGGAGGGCAGCGGCUGCGCCAGUAGCUUUGGGACCCUCCCGCGGAAGAGCAGGAGAUCCAGUGUGCGAAAGCAUCUGUCGAAAUUCAUCCCAGGCCUUCACCGGGCGGUGGAAGAGGAGGGAAGUCGGGUGUGACCUUGCACGUGUCGUCCCUGCGGGUGGGACCCGCUGUGUGGGCUGGGAGUGAGGGCAGCAGCUCUUCCCUCAGCACGGGGUGAGUGAAACCUGGUGGCACGGCCUUCUUCCUCUCCUCACACCACCUGACAGCGGGACUGAUGGUAUUUGAAAUACUCCGGGUUUUUAAAUGAUUUUAAUUUUCAGUCGGAGCAGAGCGUGGGCCGCCCCGUUAGCGUGAAAAGUGACUGACUGCAACGUGGAGGAUGUUUGCAGAGCUCCCUCAGCAUUCUCUAGUGAUGAUAACAGCUCUUAAUUCAAUGCAAAUGGACUUUUUAGCUAUUUAUUUCCUGUUACCGAAGUCACAAUCUUCCAAAGGUCUGUAACAGAGGCAGUGCUUCCACUGAAAGCAGUGACAGCCCUGCCAGAAAGAGGAAGGAGCCCAGAGCUUUCAACAGAGAGGCUCCCCGGGCAGGAGGUUCUGAAGUGAAAGGCAGGGUUUGCCCACACUCUGCAGUGCAUGGUUGAGGUGGAGCUUCCCACAGCCUCACACCUGCCUGGUCACUGGGACACGUGCUGGCCAGUCCCCUAUGGGGCUGCCUAGGCAAAGACAUUGCCUGGAGAUGCUGCUCCAGCCCUCAGCCCCCAGGCCCCUCUGCUGUUCCACUGCAGGGGAAGCUGGUGCCCCUAGGGUCACUGCAGGACCUGGUGGCAGGUGGCAUCCAGGGGACCCCGUCAGAGGGCUGUGCCAGAGACCCAGCCCCUCUGCAGCCCUGGGGUGGCAGGAGAUGCAGCCCCUGGGCAGGAGGGUCGUUGGCUCUUCACAGUUCUCCAGGCAGUAAGACUGAUUUGGUAGCUUAUGUGAGUGAUUUAAUACAUAGGGGCCUAAAUGUGCAGAAAAAGAAGAAUUUUAUUCCCCUCUCAGGCAGCACAGAAUGAGGCUGUUCCUUCAGCCCAAGCGACCUGAUUGUGUUUUUCAAAGACAAUUGGAAGAAUUUAAAACAUAACGUCAAUGCCUUGUGUGACUCAGUGCCUGCGUGUGUUUACUGCUCAGGUUCUGCUGCUGCAGGGCUUCCUGUUCUUGUCAGCAACCUCAGGCUUAGCCCAGUAGCUUCCCUCAGAGAUGAACCCCAAAUAAAAACAACCUGUUCCCAAUGCUUCUCUAAUCAAUGAAUGUUGCUAAGCCAGCAGAAUCUGUAUGGGUGUCUGUCAUUUGUCUUAAAAGGAUUAACUAGGUGCUAGUACAGCAAGUCUGCGGGAGAGCUGGGGGUGGUCAGGAGAGCAGCUUGGCAUGGUUUUAGAUACGGGAAUGAUGUUCUGUCUGUGCUGCUGAGGUGAACACCUGAUUACUUUUGUUCGGGCAAGCUGGAGUUAAAGGCAGUUACAUGGGUGUCCAAAAGCAACUGUGGGCACAGAAGCGCUGGUGAAGGUUGUCUUAGUGUCUCUGAGAGAACCAAGACCUCCACCACUCAGAAAGGGACUUUAAACUCAGUCACAUUUUGCAAUUGGGACAGUGGCAGAGCUGGGGCUGGGCAGGGUGCCUUGGUCUUUUGUUUUAUGAAGAGGAAAAAGGUAUUUUAAAUACUGUAUGAACUUUACUUCCUAGGACUGUGUUGCUGGUGGAAAUGGGUGCAGCUUUAUGGUCCAAAGCAGUGAUUCCUUUUGGUAUGGGAAGUCAAUUUGACGUACCCUGGGAGAUAGGUGCUUGCUUUUAAGUUUGGAGAGCCUGAACAAGCUUAAGAAAGGCCUCAAGAAAGCCCAGACAAGUGAUGAUCUCCCAGGCUGGGGCUGCACAAGCUGACAGCCCCUCAGGCUCAGGGCGGUGUCGGAAACAGGAUGUGGUGACA